AUGGCAGACAUAAGUGCCCUCCGUGAACGCCGAAAGGAAGCUCCCACCGAUGUUCUCUCCGAUGAUAUCCCUCUCACCCAAACCACCACCAACAUAACAUCCUCUUCCCCAGGCGCCGAAAAGAAAGCUAAGAAAUCUCUCAACAAACUGGCGUCGGAUGAAGAUUCAGCACCUUUCUCACUGGUGGAUCUCUUGAGAUCGUUGGUGUUUCUCACAAUAGCGAGUUGUGGGUUGAGCUAUGUGGUUACGAGGAAUAGCUAUGUGUGGGGUUUGAAGAGACCGAAUUGGAUGUAUGGGCAGGUUAUAAUGGGGUUUUGGAACGGACCCCUCCAACUCACCGACGCCGAUCUCCCGCAGUACGACGGCACGAACCCAGAUCUCCCCAUCUACCUCGCCCUCAACGGCACAAUCUACGAUGUCACGGCCGGUCGUAGACACUAUGGUCCGGGAGGCAGCUAUCACUUUUUCGCGGGAGUCGAUGCGACAAGGGCGUUUGUAACGAAUUGUUUCGAGGUGGAUCGCACGCCGGAUUUGAGAGGUGUGGAGGAUAUGUUCUUGCCGGUGGAUGAUGAGGAGGUGGAUAGGGAGAUUGUGGAGAGAGUUGGUGCGGGGGGAAUGAAGAAACUGAGGGAGAGGGAGGCGAGGGAGGCGAGGAGGGGGGUUAGUGAGGCGUUGGGUCAUUGGAUUGGUUUCUUCGAAAACGGCGGAAAAUACCCCAAAGUGGGAAAAGUCAAGAGAGAAAAUGGAUGGGAGACGAAAGGUGAAAAACCAGUGUUGUGUGAAAAGGCGCAGAAGGGAAGGAAGAAGAGAGUGGUUCCUGAAGGUGGUCUUUGA